UGCAACGAUGGAAUUACUGAAGGAGUUCCAAGACAUUCUUCCUGACGAUCUUCCGAACGAGCUACCGCCAUACCGAACGCAUCAACACGAGAUCGUGGAGGAACCGGGUUCGAAGCCGACCUUCCGAGCACCAUACCGGCUCAGCCCUACGGAGCUGACUGACAUGAAAAAACAGAUCGAGUAUCUCCUAGCCAAAGGACUCAUCCGGCCAUCCACUUCGCCGUACGGUGCUCCAGUACUCUUCACACCGAAACCAGACGGAAGCCUGCGCAUGUGCAUCGACUACCGAGCUCUUAACAAGCAGACCAUCAAGAAUAAAUAUCCGAUACCGCGAAUCGAUGACCUGCUUGACCAGCUUCGAGGAGCUACGGUAUUUUCCAAACUGGAUCUACGGUCCGGAUACUGGCAGAUACGGAUGGCGGACAACUCUAUCCACAAAACUGCUUUUCGAACUCGGUACGGAUCGUACGAGUAUUUGGUAAUGCCGUACGGACUCACCAACGCGCCGGCAACAUUCCAAGCCGAAAUGAACCACAUUCUACGACCACUUCUGGACGAAUGCGUGGUGGUGUACCUGGACGACAUACUCAUCUACUCGCGCGACAUGAAGCAGCACGUCGAACACCUGCGACGCGUCUUCGAAAUUCUUCGUUGGGAACGAUUCUACGUCAAACUGUCCAAGAGCGAAUUCGCCCUUGAAAAGGUCCAAUUCCUAGGGCACAUGGUGAGCGCUCAAGGAGUUCACGUCGACCCCAAGAAAAUCGAGGCCUUCCUAGGCUUCGCUAAUUACUACAACAGGUUUGUGCCACAAUAUGCGAAAAUCGCAGCACCACUCACGAAUCUGCUGAAGAAGAACACGCCCUAUAAAUGGGAACCAAAGCACCAGGAAGCCGUGGAGCAGCUGAAACAAGCACUCACGUCCGCACCGGUACUCAUCUUGCCAGAUCCCGAACGCGACUACGUAAUCGAAGCUGACGCCAGCGACCAGGCAGUGGGGGCAGUCUUAAUGCAAGACCAGGGGAAUGGACUGCAACCAAUCGCCUACCUCAGCAAGAAACUACACGGAGCAGAACUAAACUACCCGAUACACGACAAAGAGGCCCUUGCCAUCGUCAUCGCCUUUAAAGCGUGGAUAUGUUAUCUCGAAGGACGAAGAACAACCGUCUACACCGACCACUGCAGCCUGAAAUACUUGAAGACACAACCCAAUCUUUCCAGGCGGCAGGUCCAGUGGAUCGACUUCCUCGAGACACGCUUCCACUACAACAUCGUGUACAAGCCCGGCCACAAAAACAAAGCAGACGCUCUCAGCCGGCCUGCACACGUCACUCCUGUUACCUUCCGCUUACGCCUGCCAGCUACCUGGAAGAUUCACAACGCCUUCCAUGUUCAGCUUCUGAAGCCCUACCGGGAUCCGAACACGAUCUUCGUCGGAUGCCAACCGCCGCUGCCGCCGCCCGUCCUCGUCCACAAUGAACCCGAGUACGAGGUCGAGUCCGUGCUAGCACACCGCCGACGUCAGAAUGGCACCAUGGAGCUUCUCAUCCGUUGGAAGGGUUAUGAUCCUUCUGAGGACAACUGGGUCCCUGCGUCCGACUUGGGAUAAGAUAAACCUGGUUACCUGAU